CGGCGCAUGCAAUACGAAUCGUCCUGCCGCCGAUCCUGCUGCCACAACCAACUCCUGUCGCUUCCCGGAUUUCGGUGGCGUCGGACAGGAAUCUUACGCUCGCACUCUACCGGUUCGUUCAAUCGUCGAACGCCAGUGAGUGCCGUCCCGUCGUGCUGAAAACGCGUCUCGCGAUCGAAACGAUGGCCGGUACAGAUUAUUGACGAAAGUUCUCAGUGGAACGCGAUGUCGGAAAGCGAGGAGGAGUCCACUAGCGGCGCGGACUGGCCCGUGACCGAAGAAUGGCUCCAGGCGGUGCUGAAGGAACACCACAAGGAGCUGCCCGACCCCGCGAUGAUCACCGUACUGGAUUUUACUGUGAGACCGGGCUGCGAGUCGGGGGAGAGCGUCCUCAGCGAUAUCCUUGCUGUAGCCGUCAAAUACUGCUUGAGGGAAGAACCAGACGGGGUGACUCACAGCCUGAGUUUCAUAAUAAAAUUACUACCUCAAGACCCAUUUAGCAGGUACUUCGUGACCGAGGCACAGUUUGAUUUACGGGAGAUUAAAUUUUACACGCAAGUUGUCCCCGAUUUGGAAGCCUUCAAAGAAACUGUACCUAAAAGCAGCGACAUUCGUUUACCCAUUCCCAAAUGCUACUACGCACACUACUCUGCAGGCACCAACGACCCCGAACCGAGCCCACCCGAAUCCGUCCUAGUCUUAGAGAACAUCAAACCCCAGGGCUACAACAGCGCCGAUUUUUCCCACGGACUCACCCUGCGUCAAACUACGGCCGCCGUGGAGGCAAUCGCCCAAUUGCACGCCCUUUCCCUAUCUCUUAAAGUCAAAGAGGGAAAAUCCCUGUCGGAAAGGUACCCCUUCCUCUUCCAAACAACGAGGGCAUCGGACUCUUACCAGCAACUGGUCGAGAGAGGACUACCCCAACUGUCCCAGUUCUUAGAAAGAAGACCCGGCUUGGAAAGCGUCCUUGCGGCCCUCAACGAUCUCAGACCUCACACCAAAGAGAUAAUCGAGAACCUGCUGGCACCUGAAGAACCCAUGGCUCUAAUCACCCAUACCGACUUCUGGUGCAACAAUCUGAUGUUCCGCGAAGACGAGGAAUCUUGCGUCUGUUCCAUAUUGGACUGGCAAAUGGUGACGUACAGUCGACCAACCAACGACCUGGCACUUCUGCUUAUCAGUAGCGUACCAGCUGAACUAAGAAGACUGCACACCGACUCCUUGCUCGAUGGGUACUGGGACUGUCUUACAUCCACCUGUAGAAAACUAGGUCUGGACAUCGAAAGCGAACUGGGGUACGACAGGAAAAGGCUAGCCGAAGACUACAAGAGGUCGCAACUGCUAGCACUGUUACUCUGCAUUGGAUCCGUCGACCUGGCACUGGGCAAUGCUCAAAUGGAGGAAAGGCUGUUGGUGUUGCUGCAGGACCUGUACGCCGAUGGUUUGCUGAACGCGGACCUGGCGGGACAAGCUCAAGUUUAAGUGAAACAAAUUAAGUUUUCAAGUGAUAUUUGCUGUGCGGAAAAAAACACGAUUUAUUAUUAAGAGCUUUACAUUCGUCAUAAUAGAUUGCAACUGAUUUUCUUUCAACACUGGCCUUUAUAUCACCAGUAGAAUCGUCUUUAACACUUCCUGGUCAACAAUUGGGAAGAUAUACAUAAAUAAAUAGAAACAAAUCAGAAAUAAAGAUACUAAAAUUUGCAUUCAAGUUAAAAAUAGUAUGUUAUAGAAAUAUAUACUCAGACACAUCUUUGAUAUGCCGUGCUCGUUUCCACAUAUCAGUAUGAUUACAAAUGGGCGAAUCUCGGCGCCGUGUCGCCAUUCAAGCUGUUGAUAUAUGGGCCGCCGAUUUAGCAAGCUUUUUUUAUCCUAACACAGUUUCCCGGCCACUGGAGUUUCACUUUGGAGUGCAAAAACUUGUGAUCUAUUAUGAAAUUAUACGUAUAUAUAAGAAAAUUCUUCGCUUAAAGUUAUACACAAUAUUUUCGUGCGCAAGUUUGACACUGUGUUCCGUGCCAAUAAGUUUUAAAAAAAUGGUUCAAUUAUAGCGUUUAGAUGAAGGUGUAUUUAUUCCAUUAUAAAGCAAGCAAAGAUAUGUAGCCAGUAGGAUUCAAUCGACAUUUAUUACUUUGUCCUAUUUAUUCUUAAUGAUGAUUAGUUGAGAUUAAA